AUGGCUUCCUUCCCUGCGGAUCCCGCCGCGCCCGGCCGCGGCCCGGGGGGGCCCCCCCCGCCGCCGGAGGGGGAGUCCCGCCAACUUCUGCCAACUUUAGCGGCCGCCCCCCCGUCCCCGCCGCCCCCCGCCCCCGCGGGCUCCCCCCCGCCGCCGCCGGGCCCGCCGCGCUUCUCCCCCGAGCAAGUGUCGUGCGUGUGCGAGGCGCUGCUGCAGGCCGGCGACCCGGGCCGGCUGGGCCGCUUCCUGGGCUCGCUGCCGGCCGAGCAGGAGCAGGCGGGCGGGGAGAGCCUGGCCAAGGCGCGGGCGCUGCUGGCCUUCCAGCGCGGGGACUUCGGGGAGCUGUAUCGGCUGGUGCAGAGCCGGCCCUUCGCCGCCCCGCACCACCCCUUCCUGCAGGACCUCUACCUGCGCGCCCGCUACCGCGAGGCCGAGGCGGCCCGGGGCCGGGCGCUGGGCGCGGUGGACAAGUACCGGCUGCGCAAGAAGUUCCCGCUGCCCAGCACCAUCUGGGACGGCGAGGAGACGGUGUAUUGCUUCAAGCGCCGCUCGCGGGCCGCCCUGCGCGACUCCUACGGCCGCAGCCGCUACCCCAGCCCCGAGCAGAAGCGGCGCCUGGCCCGCGACACCGGCCUCUCGCUCACCCAGGUCAGCAACUGGUUCAAGAACCGGCGGCAGCGGGACCGCAGCGGGGGAGGCGCCGGCACCCCCAGCAAGAGCGAGUCGGACGGGAACCCCAGCACAGAGGACGAGUUGAGCCGGGGGCCAGAGGAGACUGAGCUGGCCGUGGGGACGCCCGCCGUGCCGGAUGGGGCCGUCGCCUCCGGGAACCUCUUCUUGCCGGCACCCGCCGGGGCCUGCUCCGGGGCCUCGUCCAUCCUGCUCAACGGCAACUUCAUCACCACGGCCGGCCCGCAGGCCAUGCUACUGAACGGCGGCUCCGUGCUCCAGGCGUCGGGCGGCGUGCUCAUCAAUGGGCUGGCACUGGGCGACAGCCAGACCAUCACCCUGAGCCCCGUGGCGUCCACCCCGCCCGUGCUCCUCAACGGCGCCGCCCUGGGCGGGGCCAAGACCCCGCCUGGCGCCGGCCUGGAGUCGCCUUCGGCCUCCUCGGCCAGGCCUGACAUCAAGGCGGAAGCCGGGGAGUCGCUGCCCUCCAUGGUGUUUGGCCCGGGCGCCGUGGAGGUGAAGACGGAGGAGAGCCAGGCCGUCAGGGCCCUGUCCGAGGUGCCCACGCUCCUUCCCCUGCCCCCGGCCGCGUCCGACCCGAAGGGGGCGCUGCUUCCCGCUCCGGCCAGCUCAGUGCCCCAGGUGGUGCCGUCGGGCGAGGAAGCCCCCUGCCCGGCCCCGGCGCUCCCCCAGCCGGUGGUCUCCGGCUCCCAGAUUGUCCCCGUCUCCCAAGUGGUGCCUGGUUCUCAGCCCGGCCAGGCCCUGCCCGUGACGUCGCCUCCCCCGGCCGCCGCCUCGCUCCUCCAGGGCUCUCCCCUGCUGUCCUUCCCCGCCCUCACCUCGCCCAUCCCGGGGCCAGCUCAGGCUGCCCCGGUGCCCGCCGUCGUCCACAUCCCCGCCCCGCCCCUGAUCCCCAUCUCCCAGGUCUCACCCCCCUCCCAGGUAGUGCCCCUGUCCCAGCCGGCCCCAGGCACCCCGGUGCUGUCCCCUCCCCAGAUGGUGCCGCUCUCACCCACCCAGGUCUACUCGGUGCCCCAGGGGGCCCCCGCCCCGCAGCUGGUGUCGGUGUCCCAGGGCUCCCAGCUCAUCUCGCUCCCGCAAGUGGUGCCCACGUCGCAGGUGGUGACGCUGCAGCAGGGGGUGGGGCCGAUCCAGAUCCUAGCCAGCGCCGCCCCGCUCAAGGUGGGGGCUCCGCCGGCGGCCAGCGGGACCGUGGGGCAGAGCAACGUGCACCUCAUCAACGCCAACAUGGGUGUGACCACGCUGCAGCUGCCCACCGGCGCGCCAGGGAACUUCCUCCUGACGAACCCAGUGCCAGGCGGGGGCACCAUCCUCACCGGCAUGACACUCCAGCAGGGCAAGCUCAUCCUGACCGCAACCUUCCCGGCCACCAUGCUCAUGUCCCCGGUGCUCUCCGCUCCCGCCGGCAGCCUGGCCCUGCCCAUCAAGCAAGAAACGGCGCCUCUAACAGGCACCAGCGCCCCCAUCCCAGGGCCCGUGAACUCCGAGGGCGCCGGGGCGGGCCAGCCGGCCUUGGCUUUUGGGGACGGUGUAGCCGGCCGUCAGCCUGGCGUCCUCUCGAACUUCCCCCAGGAGGGCCUGGUGCUGUCCCCGCUGCCUCAGCCGGCAGCGUGGCCCGGCUCGGCGGGCAUGGAGAUGCAAGCGGCUGGCACCGAGGGGCUCUUCGAGAUGGAGAAGGGGGCGAUGGAGGUGCUGGACGGCACGGAGCCGAGUGGCCUCCUGCUGCCUGAGGGCGAGGGGCUGCUGUUGGGCAGCUCAGCCAGCGACCCCCUGGAUCCCGAGGGCCUCGACUCAGAUGAGAAGGUGCUGACCCAGCUGCAGUCGGUGCCGGUGGAGGAGCCCCUGGACUUGUAA